AUGUUGUUUUCGAAAUUUGUGGCUGCUACAGUUGUUUCGGGACUGCCUUUGCUGGCUCAGGCCACGCAUGUUAUUGAGGCCACUGACAAGACUUUGGCGUCGGUUUUGAAACCUGGUUUGCCGACAAUGUUGGAUAUCUAUGCUUCUUGGUGUGGUCACUGUAAGAAACUGUCUCCAGUGUAUGAUGAAUUGUCUGAUUUGUUUGCUCAUGCCCAGGAUAAAGUGCAAUUUGUUAAGAUUGAUGGCGACAAGAACAGAAAAGCGUCUAAACAAUACAAGGUGGAAUAUUAUCCUACUUUGAAAUUUAUUAAUGCUGAUGGUAGUAUUAACGAGGUGGAUGUCCGGGAUCUUGAUGGAAUGGCCGAGUAUGUUUUUGAACAGACUGGAGUCAUGCCUCGUAAGGCUCCUGCUCUUCCUUCGGCUGUAUAUACAUUGAACGAUACUAGUUUCGACGACUCGAUCAAGGGCAAGAAUGCUCUUGUCACUUUCACUGCAGGAUUCUGUGGUCAUUGCAAGAAUAUGAAACCCGAUUAUGAGAAGGUGGCUCAUAUUUAUGCUCGUGAUAGCGACAAUCUGCUGAUUGCCAAUGUCGAUUGUUCCGCGGGCCAGCCCACUAGUGAUUUGGCUGCUAAGUAUGUGGACGGCGGGUAUCCCACGAUUCUAUUUUUUCCUAAAGACGGAUCGGAUCCCAUUCCUUACCGUUCAGGCCGUACUGUAGACGCUUUUGUCAACUUCUUGACUGAACAAGGUGUUGGGUUCAGAAACGCUGAUGGCUCUUUGAACACUCAAGCCGGUAAAGAUAUUACUUUGGACGCUCUUGCCAGUAAAGUGGCAUCUUCUGGAUCCAAUAAAGACGCCGAAACCGCUGCUAUUAGCAAUCUUAAGGCUGCUGCUGCCGAUGUCGAUAACGGCAAUAUCUACGUGAAAUACGCCGACAAGUACGCUGCUAACGGCGGCGCCUCGUACGUCCAAAAGGAAACCGCCCGUCUGUCGAAACUGCUCACCAGCAAGACUCUGGCUGCUACCAAACGCGAUGAGCUCCAAACAAAGCUCAACAUCCUCAAAUCGUUUGUGCCCUCUCACUCCCACGAUGACUUGUAA